AUGAACCUAAAUCUAUUGAUUCCACCAACAGCCUCUCCUAGACCUUAAUCUAGAGGCGGUCCAUCUAGAGGUUUCCCUGGAUAAGGAGGUGGUGUUCCAAUGUCUCGUGCUUCUAAUGACCCUAACCAAAUAUUCAAAGAGAGAUUCAGUAGCAUCAAUACAGCCAAGGCAUAGAUUGAAAAGCAAAGAGAAUUUGAUGCUGUGAAGGACAGACUAUAGAAAGAGUUCGAUGUUUUAGAUAUCAAUAGAGAUGGUCUAGUCACACUCGACGAGCUCCAGACCUUCCUAGACAAUAAGACCAAGGGAGGAAGAUUUGAUCCCUAGAUAACAGAAGAAAUAUAUGGCAUGAUCGAUUUAAAUAAUGAUGGCAGAGUCACUCUAGAAGAGUUUGUCUCGAAAUAUCUAGAGACUAGAACUAGACUUAAUGACAGAAUAAAUGAAGUCUAUAAGAAAAUUGCAGAUCACAAGAGAUAAAGAGAUGACAUGGCUUAAAAACUUAAGCAAGUCCAGGGCUCAGAGCAAUUGAAUGAAAAUGGUAUCAUGCAUGGAAGCAUUCUGACCGUGCACGUAGUUGAGGCUAGAGAUCUCAAGCCAAUGGACAUGGACGACACUUCUGAUCCUUAUGUGAUCCUUGAGAUUGAAAAUCAAAGAAUAGAAACCAACUAUAAAAAGCAGACAGUUGCACCAGUUUGGAAUGAGUCCUUCACUUUCGAUAUUGUCAACGGCAGGGAAGCCUUGAAAGUAACUGUUAUGAAUAAAGGUACAUUAUACGAAGGAGAGUUUGAGGGUCAGUGCUAUGUCAGUCUCAAUGCUCUAAGAGAUUAAAUGAAGCACGACUUCUGGUUCGAUCUCACAGAUGAAAACGGUAUUCAAUCCUAGGGAAGAAUUCGUUUAAUGCUUCACUGGGUCUACUCCAGAGUCCAAUACUUCUCUGAAUAUUUAAUGAAGUGGGAUGAAACUCUCGACAAAGACAUCUAAGAAAAAGACCAAAUAGAGCAAUUCCUUAAACAACUUGAAAACCCAUUCGGUUUCCUCGACACAAUGAGGGAGGAGGCUUAGGAGACAGACGAUGAUGAGGAGGAUGCUAGAAAUGAAGGUACUGGUUAGAAUGGAGCCCCAGGGGGUUCAGUGUUUUAAAACAUGGUCAAGGAACAAGAUAAAAAGAUUAAGCAGCACGAGGAAAAGAUCAUUCAAAGCAUUGAUAACAUUUCAGCUAAUAUCGCCUACAAACUUGGCUUUAAUCACGUACCCUGGUUCACUCUCACCAAGAUCGUGCUUGGAAUUUACACAGUGCUUACAUGCUUUGUGCUUUUCUUCAGAACUGACUUCAUUAACUUAACAGUCUGCACCGCUGCCGCUUACAUGAUCUUAAAUACUGAUAAAAUCAAGAAGUGGACAUUCAGAACUCUGGUCUACGGAAUUUUCCUGAGCUUGGCAUAUGACCUUACUUGGUUCCUAUUCAUUCAAGAUUUCAGCGCUGACUAGUCGGACGAGUAAUAUUCUAAUAGACUAAAUCUAUUUUAGAUUAUUGUAGCUAUGGUCUUCUGGAAAGAUUCAGUAGAUUUCAACAGAAUUAUAGUCUAGCAAAGAGACUUUGUUGAGCCAAAGAAUGGAGGGCAACUGUCAGCUUCCCCAGAUAGAAAGAGAAGCGCUUCCAAGAAGGCAGCUGAUGAUGCAAUAAAUCAGUAUAAGAACUAGAAGCAAGCACCACCCAAUAAUGGGGGAAAUCAAAGAGGCCCUAUUGGUCCUAAUAGGGGUGGAGGCAAUGGCUUUGAUAUGGGAAGAAGAUGA